UUAACAGACGUGUCCUGUGUGAUGGUGAGACAGCAGGAGAAGAAGGCAGUGCUGGUUAUUGAGAAUGUAUAAACUGACAGAAGUGAGGACAGAUCUAUUCCUGUGAUCUUGAGUUGAACUUUGAAUGACAUGUGGACGCUUGGUCAGGCAUCAUGUUUUAAUGCGCUGGAUUCACCUUUAGUAUAACCGUUCAGUGCUAAAAGUAGGUCUAGUAUAAACUGCUGGAGAAGUCCAUGUUGGAGGAGGUCCGGUGGUGGGAUGGGUCAACCGGAGUCCAGGAGACUGGUGGUGUCUGGAGAGUGGACGAGAUGAUGUGAUGUUUCUGGGUAGAUCAGAGAUGCAAAGAAAGUUUUAAAGGCAAAGUCUUUGCAAGAAAGCCAGGCAGUUAUACUUUGGGAAUAAUUCAGAAACAGACCGACAAGGUACAGCACAGGUAUUAAUGUUUGUUUGGUUUUUAGCUGUGUUGAUGUUUAUUUCUGUACACUGAGUCACAUUUCUUGUAUAUGUUCACAUACAUGGCCAACAAAUGAUUCUGAUAAUAUGGAUACAGGAGCACCAACUGCACACUGUGACUGAAACAAUUAUUCUUUUAAUUCUGAUUUUACCUUGAUGAUCAACUUUAUUGGCCACAUACAAUCUUAUACACACUUUCAUACACAGAGUACAGCGCGUGUGGAUGUAGUUCUGACUCGAACCCAAAGCAAAGAUCCGUGCUGGAUCAACAAAGGGUCUAGUGGUGCUUAUGGCUGCACUCUCAUUUCUUUUCUCCCACAUUUUCAGUCCAAACUGCACAUUUUUCUCUAAAUCUAAUCUGUAUUCAGUCUGCAGGGCAAAACAUCACCAGCUGACUGACUGAAGAUCUGUAUUUCAGCAACAACUUUCAGCACGGGGCCUUGAGUGGUUGAUGAGGUUCCACUGAUCAUUAAAAGUUCCAGUGGCCUUUAACAAGGUUUCACUGGUCGCUGAUGAGGUUCCUGUGGUCAUUAGUCAGGUUCCAGUGGUGAUUCUAGUGAGGUUCUACAGGGUCAGUGAGGACACAAGAGACUUGUUGACCACAGCGCAAAUACCACUGAGAGUCCAUCAGAUUCCACAAGAGCCCAGAGACCAGCAGGUGUCUCAGCACAACAUGAUCUUCAUCAUCUUCAUUGUUUUUCUUCCAGUUGCUCAGCUCCAGGACCUCCAGGACCAGUGCCCCGGCGGCUCCUGUAACCCCCAGCUUGGUGACCUGAUGGUUGGUCGAGCGGAUCAGCUGUCAGCCUCGUCCACCUGCGGUCUGGAUGGACCACAGGACUACUGCAUCAUUGGAUACCUGGAGGACGAGCAGAAAUGCUUCAAGUGUGACUCACGGCUGCCGUACGAUCGCUAUAGCAACCCCAACAGCCAUCGCAUCGAGAACGUCAUCACGACCUUCGACCCUGAGAGGAAGACGAGGUGGUGGCAGUCUGAGAACGGAGUUCAUCAGGUCAGCCUCAGGUUGGAUCUGGAGACCGUGUUCCAGUUCAGUCACCUGGUCCUCACCUUCAAGAGUUUCCGUCCGACGGCCAUGUUGGUGGAGCGAUCGAAAGAUUUUGGACGAAGUUGGAAAGUUUUUCGUUACUUUGCAGAAGAUUGUUCUCUUCAUUUUCCUGCAGUGUCCAAUCAGGCGGCUGACAGCAUCGAUGACGUCAUCUGUGACAGCAGAUACUCUGGAUCAGAACCGUCCACCGACGGAGAGGUGGUGCUGAAAGCUCUCGAUCCCGUCUUUCAAAUAGUAAACCCGUAUGCACAGAAAAUCCAAGAUCUGAUCACCUUGACGAAUAUCCGUGUGAACUUCACUCGUCUCUUCACGCUGGGCGACACUCUGCUGGGACGAAGACGCAGGAACCCUCAGGACAAAUAUUACUACGCUCUUUACAACAUGGUGGUCCGAGGCAGCUGCUUCUGUAACGGGCACGCCAGCCAGUGUACACAUGUGGACCGUGGACGGGGGGACGUCUUCACCCAAACUGGCAUGGUUCACGGUCGAUGUGUUUGUCAGCACAACACAGCUGGAGAGAACUGUGAGAAAUGUCAAGACUUUCACCACGACACCCCCUGGAGGCCGGGAGGAGUAAACACAGUCAACAUCUGCAGGAGAUGUAACUGUCACGGUCACUCGGACUCGUGUCACUUUGAUGCCGCUCACUUUGAAUUGACUGGCGGAGUGAGCGGUGGCGUGUGUGAUGACUGCCGCCAUGACAGGACGGGGCCCCGUUGUGAACGAUGUCGACCUUUUCUGUAUCAGGAUCCACAAAGAGCGACGGAUGACCCGCACGCCUGCAUACCAUGUGACUGCGACCCAGCUGGUUCGCAGGGUGGCGGUCUGUGUGAUGCUCUGACCGGUCAAUGUGUCUGUAAAGAAAACGUGGAGGGUCGACGCUGCGAUCGCUGCAAAUAUGGCUUCUUCAGUCUGAGACAGGACGACCCAGCUGGCUGUCAGGUGUGCAGGUGUCAUGUUAUGGGAAGUGUCGGGUCAUGUGAUCAGCUGACAGGAAGUUGUGAAUGUGAUCGUUUGGCGAGUGGACCACUUUGUGAUCGAUGUCUGGCGGGAUUCUGGGGUUUGGGAAACUCGGUGUUCAGAUGUUCACCCUGCGACUGUGAUAUCGGAGGAGCUCACAGCACCACGUGUUCUCCGGAGGACGGACAGUGUUCCUGUUUGCCUAACAUGGUGGGUCGGCGCUGCUCUGACCCUGCCUCUGGGUACUUCCUGGCUCCACUGGACUACUUCCUGUAUGAGGCAGAGCUCGCCGCUCCGCUCCACGGAGGAAGCUCUUCUUCUCCUUCUACUCCUCCUUCAUCAUCUUCUUUCCUGAACCCAGAUGUACCGCAGUGUGAGCAGUAUUUCAGAGAGCAGGGUUACAACUUUAAGUUCACUAACGGACGAGUCGUUCUAGUUCGGAGGACUCGGGGACUCGUCCGCCGGAGGAGACAGGGACAGGUGGGACAUCAUUAUGGGCUGCUGUGGCUCAGGUGCAUUUUGGCCCGUAACUCCCAAAUAGUGCUGCAGCAGAAUAGCAUCCCUUUGGACCCGGGUCACGCCCUGCAGAUUGUUCCUCGUCAGAGGACAGUUGAUCAGCCAAUCACCUGGACCGGCCUGGGAUUGGUCAGAGUGUUGGAGGGGGGGGGGCUUAGGUUCACAGUGGACAAUCUCCCAUCAUCGUUGGAUUACCAGCUGGUGAUUCGCUACGAGCCAAAGGCUCCAUCUGAUUGGCUGGCUUCAGUCAGCAUCAUCACAGCUUUGCUGGGCGACGGCGGCUGCAGCAACAACCCAACAGGAAGCAAACCUCUGAUUCUUCCAGGAAAUUCCAGAGGAGUUAUUCUAGACUCUCCGGUGUGUCUGAAUGCAGGCGGUCGGUACUUUGUGGAUGUCGUAUUUAACAAACUGCCCGGAUCUGAUGGCUCCUCUGGCUCACAGAUCCUGAUCGACUCGAUGGGUCUGAUUCCACGCAUAGAGUCUAUCGAAGAUUUCUGCUCCCAGAGCGACCUCGACUCUUUCCGCCGCUUUCACUGCAUUGGAUUGGCUUCUGAGCUUGGCCUACAAGAAUCGGUACCAGACGUCUGUGAGGGGCUCAUCAAGAGCAUGUCGGCACGAAUCCACAACGGAGCCAUUCUUUGCAGGUGUAAUGUCAUCGGCUCUCUUGGACCAUUCUGCAGUAAACUGGGAGGAUUCUGUGAAUGCAAGCCCAAUGUGAUUGGCCGUUGCUGUGACACCUGUGCACCACUGACGUUUGGCUUUGGACCUGAUGGCUGCAAACCAUGUGAGUGUGACCCUCGGGGUUCGAUGUCAGAGCUGUGUGAUCAGAUCAGAGGUCAGUGUGCGUGUCGUUCAGAGGUAACGGGUCGUCGCUGUGAUCGCUGUCAGACGGGAUUCUGGGGUUUCCCAUUCUGUCGACACUGUGAAUGUAAUGGACUGUCAGAGGUGUGUGAUGAAGAGACCGGAGAAUGUUUGAACUGCAGGGAGCACACCACCGGACCAAACUGUGACAGGUGUGUGGAAGGUUACUAUGGUAAUCCCGUCUCCAGACAGCCCUGUCAGUCCUGCCUGUGUCCAGACGUUCAGAGCAGUGGACGAUUCUUCGCCACUUCCUGCCAACAGGACCCACAAUCCCUCAGUGUGACCUGUAAUUGCAGGGAAGGGCACACAGGUCCACGCUGCGACCGAUGCCGCCCCGGUUUCUAUGGUAACCUGGUUUUGCCAGGUGCCAGGUGCGAGAAGUGUCGCUGCAACAACAACAUCGACCCAGACGACCACCACGCCUGCGACAGCCUGACAGGAGAAUGUCUGCAUUGCCUCUACAACACAAUGGGACCCCGCUGCCAAGCCUGCAGACCUGCUUACUAUGGCAAUGCCCUAGACCAGGAUUGCAAAGAGUGCUCCUGUGACCGGCGGGGGACAGAGGUGACUCAGUGUCCUCUGGGGAGCCCUUGUUUCUGUGAUUCGAGGACGGGACAGUGUCCCUGCAGGAGGGGGGUGGUGGGCAUCCUCUGUGAUGCGUGUGAGGAGGGAUACUGGAACCUGGAUGGAGCAUCAGGGUGUCAACCCUGCAGCUGUGAUCGUCUUAACUCUUUCUCCAACACCUGCAACAAGGUGACGGGACAGUGUCCGUGUCGUCUUGAGUUUGGAGGAAGACAGUGUGACGAAUGUGGAGAGAAUCAUUUUGGGAAUCCAGAUCUGCAGUGUAUCUCUUGUGACUGUAACAUGGAGGGAACGGAGCGACCGUCAUGUGACCCUGAAACCGGGGAGUGUAUCUGUCGGACUGGCAUCACUGGUAUCUUCUGUGAUGAGUGCGCCCCGGGCAACAACUCAGCGUUUCCAGCCUGCGAGGAGUGCCACCCCUGCACCGCCCUCUGGGCCGAAAAUGUCACAGAUGUCCAGCGAGCCGUGCAAAGGAUGAGAACUUUGAUCCCUCGCCAGAGCCACGACCUGCUGCCCACAGACGGUCACCGGCAGUGGAUGCUGGAGAUGCACUCCAAGCUGGACGGCCUCUGCAACCUGACGGGCCUCUCCCCACCGAAGGUGAAGCAGGUGGAGAAACAGUAUAUGAUGAUUGGGAAGCUAAAAGACGCCAUCGGCCUGAACUUGAUCCUGAUCGACCCGUCUCCUCUCCUCAACACUGAAAUCGACAACAUUCGUUUGGAGUUUAUGAAGCAGCUGAACAACCUGAAGGAGAAACUCAUGGAUGAUCCAGACCAUGCAGAUGAAGACCUAGAGGAGCUGCAGGAUGAGAUCCAGAGGCUUCAUACAGCCUUCAUGUCGGAUGAGAAGAGGGUCAGAAAUGCCAACAAAGCUCUGGAGCACUCAAUGGACACCAGACAGGAAGUCAAACUCAAACUGAGCAUGUGCAGCAGCAGAGACCCAGUGCUGCUGGAGAGGAAGGUCAAAGAGCUAAGCGCAGUCAACCUUAACCUAAAGAUCUGUGGAGGACAAGGUCUGGAGGACUGUUCUGGAUGUGGUGGAGCUUUGUGUGGUCUGAAUCUGGGAAAAAGGAAAUGUGGCGGUCUAAACUGUGAUGGAGUACUUUCUGUCAGUCAGAUGGCUUCAGAGACGGCAGAGAGAGUGAAGGACAAGCUCAUCCUACUCCCAGCCAGACUGCAGGAGUCCAACAGCAAGAUCAAUGAUGGCAAACAGGCGGCUCGGGACACCAAAGACCUGCAGCACCGGAUCAAUGACAACAUGGACUCCUUUGAGAGAGAGAAGAAGAAAACCAAGGAUCUCAUCCUGCAAGUCAAAGACCUGAUGGAUGAGAGGGUUCCUCCAGAAGACAUUGAGAAAUUGACCCGAGCUGUUCUGGACAACCAGCUGCCACAAUCACCUAAUCAGAUCCGAUCAAUGAUCAAUGAGAUCAGUAACCUGCUGGCCAGUGGCACCAAUUUCCACGACGACCUGGAGAACCUGGAGGAGCACGCCAGGACUACCCAAGACCUGCUGCAGAAAGCUAAGCAACUCAAGGAGCAGACAAAGAACAUUGAUGUGGAAGAGAUCCGCAGAGACAUUUAUGAAGCAGAGAAAACUCAGAACAAAGCUGACAGCAACCUGGAAACAGCCAGCCAAGAUACAGACAUGACCAGAGACCAAGUCCAAGGCAUAAAAAACAAACUGAAUGACAUUGUGACAACGCUGAUGAAUCAAAGUCCUGAAGAUAUGCAGGAUGAGAUUGAAGCCCUGAAGAAGAAAACUGAACAGAACAGAGAGAUGACCAGAGCAGCCCGAGAUGCUGCAGACUCUGCUUUAGACAACACUCCUGACACACAAACGGAGCUGGACCAUGUGAUGAAGCAGUUUGAGCGCUUAAAGCAGAAAAACCCGAAUGCGGCGGUUCAAGGUGAAGCUAGACUUAAGAACAUCAUGGAGGAGGCAGAAAAGAUGAAGAGACAGAUGGAGGACAAACUCAAACUGACACUAGAUCUGGAGUUAAGGAUCCAGCGGCUGAUCAAGAUUAAAGAGGACAAAGCAACUGAAGUUGACAAGUUGUUGGAGACAGUGGAUUCACUUCAACAGGAAAUCUCUAAACGAGCACAAGGAUACAUCAGCUGUACUGCAUAAAUACUACUGAGUACUACACACUGAAA